AUGGCGCCAGAUGCAGCUUUUUCAAACAUAAGUGACAAGAAUGAGUUCACGAAAUUCGCCAAAUUCCUUGCCUACAAAGGAGUCCAAGUAAUCGUCGAAUCGAGGAAAGGUGUCAAAAUUGAGCCAAACAGUAAAAUAAACACAUCGGAUUCUGAUUGGUUCAAUCUGCAAAUCCCAGACUCACCUGAAGUGAACCAGGCAACGAAGAAUGCCUUACCUUCGGAUAGAAUUCUGGAAACAAUUAAAUCACAACUACAUGUUGAAAUAUCCGUACAAACUGAGGAUGGAGAUGAAAUGGUCCUAGAGUUAUGGACAUUGGAACUAGAUGAUACACAAUUUGACACGUCAUUGAAAGCUAUGAAUACUGUAUACUUCCGAAUGGGUAUACUAUUAAAGUCCUUGAUAACUAUUACGAGAAUAACACCUGCAUAUCAUCUAUCUAGGAAGCAACGAACGGAAUCAUUCACAAUAUUCUACAGAGUAUAUAAUGGGGAACCGAAACUUAAGACGCUUGGUGAUUCGGUUAAGAAAAUUCAAGCUGGUCUGUUGAAAACACCUUUGGGUGGCCUCUGCUUCACCGUGUCUUACAGAACUAACUUUUCGAUAUCCCCAAAUCGUUCUCAAACUGAUAAAACACUUCUAUUGAAGAGUGAUCAUUUCGAAUUGAGUCCGAAACAUGUAAUUUUUGAAUCCAAAAAGAAAAAGGAAAAGGAACCUAAGUCGUCGCAAGUUGAUUUAAAUAAACCCCUACGAUUACCGGCGUUUGUUGAUGAGGUUCUUAUUCAACAAGUGAUCAAAGAUUUUUUUGAGCAAAUACCGAUUCCAAUUUGUAGAGUGCGACCAAAACCGAAAACACCAGAGGAAAUUGUAAUAGAUUGCAAAAGUACACAAGAUUUGGACAUGAAUGCCAUGUCGAAGAGUCCAACUUCUUUAGAAUUACCUCCGAAAAAGUUUCCCGGUUUCCGAAGUGAGACGGAACCACCAUUGAAACUUUUGCACUUUCCUUUCGCCGCUGACCAUCCUAUUCGAGAGCUGGCUGAAUUUUAUAAGGAUUUUUUUAAUGCACCUCAUUUGAAGUUGGCUGAUGACUACUCAGCGAGGAUUAAGACAGCGGAUUGUCAGGAAACUGAAAUUGCAAGCGAUGACCUUUCCAGAGACCUGGCACUACACGAAAGCUCGUUACUGGAAUUUGAUGAGCUGCUGGCAGACAUGUGUAGAUCAGCGGAGUGGAGUGGGAAUUAAGGGAUCAUUGGAGUGUAUGGUGUUGGAAGACUGAAUGUUAUUGAUUAUCAAAUAUAUGUAUUUAUUCCUUCAAAUUCGUAUUUAAUUUACAACAUAAAAUUAGUCAUAAUUUUUCUUUUAUAUCUAGUUACUAUGUUUAAGAAACGAUUCGUUUUGCUGUGUGAUAGUAGAAUUGUUUACGAUGCUUAAAACAAAAGCUACCAUUGGCUUGCUAUUUCCAGAUCAGAAGCCGACAUGUAGCGUAGUCUAAAGUAGUUAAAUUUUAAAGCAAGGUUACAGAUCAGUUUUUUCUAUAUAGAAUUGGAAACGUCAAUUAGACAAUUCUACCAUCCGUAAGUUAAACGACUCGUUUCUUUAAUGUAGUGUCGAAGUUUAGUAAUUUUAAGUACCUGACUGAAAUGGAAUUAAAGAUUGAAACAUAAAUAAAGCGAUUAAUUAUAUAUUAAUGUCAAAAAAACACUAAUAGUUAUUCCUUAUCUGUUGCUUUCUUUAGUCUAUUGUUGGUGUUUUGCUAUAUUUAAUGUAUAGAAGUAUAUUUGAAUACAUGGACUAGUUAGAUCUCAAUGUUAUAUUUUGCUCAUUUAUUAAUUGUAAAAUCCUUGUAUUAAUAACCCUUUAGGAUAAAAUCAUUUUAGUUGGUAAAUUAAAACACUCCUUUAAAUGGCAACAUUUGUAAUAAGAUUUAAAAAAAGAACUUUAACAACAAGGUUUUUUUUUGCGGUAAUUUUAAACAAAUUUCUAAAUGUAAAGGUUUAUAUAAAUGAUUGUAUUGUUGCCAGAAUCGAAAAUGAAAAAAAAAAUAGCUAAAUAAAUUUUUUAUAAGUUUUAAAUUCAGUUCCAAAAAAUGAUAUCUUACUAACAAUUGAAUUUAAAUAAGAUAUAGUAAAAAGAAUGGGGACCAGAAAAGCUCAGAUGUCUUCGACAUGUUGUUUGCAGGACAUCGAAUUUAUUUUAUUAUUCAAUCAAACGUUCCUUUAUUAUUAUUAAAUAUUUCAGUUAAAAUUAAUAAACGAUUUAAUUGAAAUAAAUAUCCGAAUAAUACCAAUGCAAUCAAUUGUUACAACUUGAUGUUAUAUCGACAUAUCCGGUAAUUAAUACCGUAUUCAAUAAAGUAAAACAAGAUGGCGAUGUAUCGAGUUAAAUGAGAACUGUAGAUGUCCAAUUCAGGUUUCUGGUAAACCGAUUAUGGGGUUAAAGAAUUACCACACGAUUAAUAAUAAAGAUAAUCUUUUAGAUAAAACUUUAUUAACUAUUGGUCAUUUGAUUGAUUGACCGUAUGAAUGUAUCGUGGACUAUAAAUGAGUUUAAUGUUUGGUUGGGAAAGAGGUCGCUGAAACGUACCAUAUUUUAAAGACAGUAAUAUCAUAAUUACAUAUUUUUAUUGUAUUGUAUAUAAUUGGUAUUAAAGUUAUCCUAUGAAUUUUAUAAUGUUCUGAGUGGCAUUGAAAUGUAUUUUAAACGUAUAUUUUAUAAUUACGUUACCUUUUAAAUGAAUUAUUGUGUACUUCUAAUAAAACACUUUAAUGUAUCUACUUUUCAAAUAGAAUAAACUUUUAUGAAGUUGA